GCACGCCUGGCAGUGCUUUCCCUUCACUUUUCCUCUGGAGUCUAAGUGCAGCUUCCAGUCGGCCGAGGGGGGUCCCAGCCUCUACCACAGUCAAGGGAAGAUGCUCAGUGAAGAUUGAGGGAACAUCCACUCCACACUGGAAGGGACUAUACAGAUCCCAACCCCUAUCGUCACCCCUGGAAGGUGUUGGGCAGGGGUAGCUGGAACUGGCAUCCACUGACUGGCUGGCGAAUCUGAGGGCGGGAAGUACUUUGUUCUGAGAGAGGUCUCAGUUCAGCCAGGGAGAAAUGGCAGGCCUGCCCACUCUCAGCGUAAGACUCUGAGCUGAGGCGGAUGUGACCAGCCCACCACCUCACAAUAGAGGGAUCCUCUACAUAUGAGCCCAGUCCCGGCUGUGAGCUCUGGGAGGCUCUGAAACAGCCAUCAGACUGGGUUGCCCCCUGACUUCUACUUUCGGUUUGUAGGAAGGUUGUGGUCCCCUAUCAUCCACCCUUCUGCCUGCUACCACUAACAGAAGUGAGCAUGUCUCAGGAUCAGGAGAUCCCAAGCUGCACGCAGGAACAACACUGUGCCCCCAGUGAGAUCCAAGGCCUGGAAGCUACACAGGUCUCCAAGGCUGUGGAGGAGGCCUCUCCUUCCAUUUGUCCUCUGAUGCCUGGCAACAUGGAGGAAGCUCUGGCUGCUGGAACAUCCACCACUCCCCUGGGUCCUCAGAGUGCCUACUCAUCUUAUACUGUCAUCACGGCCAUCUCACCAAGCAAAUCAGAUGAGGGCUCCAGCAGCCAAGAAAAGGAAGAUAGUUCAACUUCUUCAUCAAAGUCCCUGUCUGACAUCGAGAACUUCCCCAUAGACCCUGCAGGUGAGAAGGUGAUGAUGCUGGUGCAGUUCCUGCUGCAUAAGUAUCAAAUGAAAGAGCCCAUCACAAGGGCAGAUAUGAUUGAUGUUAUCCAAGAGUGCAAUGAUGACUUCCCUGAGAUCCUCAGGAAAGUCUUCAAGCGCAUGGAGCUGGUCUUUGGUGUUGAUAUGAAUGAGGUGGACCCCACCAGCCACAGUUAUGUCCUUUUCAACAAACUGGGCCUCACUUAUGACGCUAGGCUUGGUCAUGAGGACAGCAUGCCCAAGACCAGCCUCCUGAUAAUUGUCCUGGGCAUGAUCUUCAUGAAGGGCAAUUGUGCCACUGAGGAGGAGAUCUGGGAAGUGCUGAAUAUGACGGACUUAUAUGCUGGGAGGAAGCACUUCAUCUUUAGGGAGCCCAGGAAGUUCAUCACCCAAGAUUUGGUGCAAGAAGAGUACGUGGAGUACCGCCAGGUGGCCAACAGUGAUCCUCCACGCUACGAGUUCCUGUGGGGCCCCAGAGCCCACGCUGAAGCCAGCAAGAUGAAAAUGCUGGAAUUUUUGACGAAGAUCCAUGAGUCCGACCCCAGGUGCUUCCCAUCCCAGUAUGAGGACGCUUUGAGAGAUCAAGCAGAGAGAGCCCGAGCCAGACCAGCAGCCAAGGAGGGCGCUAGUGCCAUGGGCAGCACCCAUUCCGGUGCAGGAUCUGGCAUCCCCUCCCAGCCCUCCCAGCCCUAGUGGGGUGGGAGGCAGAUUCCUCACUUUGUCAUUAAAAUUAGCAGUCAACCUUC